AUGGCUCCAAAGACGAUCUUCUUGGUGGGAAGUCCAUUGCCCAGCAGCCUAGAUUGGGAAAAUGAUGAACUUCUGGAUACGGCCCUGUCACCAUUUCACGACUCUGAGAUCCCCGACCAGAACUUGAACCACUGCCCGCAGACAUCAAUUGACCCAGAUGCACCCCCCGAGUCUGUGAAAUGGAGAAUUCUCCAAGCUCUGCCGAGCUGCCAACCAGACCACUUUCAUACUACUACUUUCUAUUACGGGCCAGAAGAUCCAAAAUUUUGGACGACGAAACAACUAGUCACCACUGGCGACAUACUCACAGAUAGAGAUUCGGUUUUAUCAGAUUUCUACAAUCAUUCAUUUGCCGUCCACGAAGCCUCCGAGAUCAAUGCCUCCGAACUCGAAUACAUUGCUCAAGAGAGCGGGACGGCCCCGAACAGCAUGGUCUCCACUAUCAGUUCACAAGGAGAGAACGAAGAGGACGAUGCAGCUGGACAACAAACCUCUUUCAGAAUGAGUGGACCGAUCCGUGACUUGCAGGACAUCCCUACAGCAAAGUUUCUCGAAUCAAUCGUUCCGCAAACCAUGACGGUGAAUCUUAUCGUGGGCAUCAUUGCGAUACAACCACCACGCCGUGUGGUGACACGACAGUGGAAGACCGAACUCGACAUCAUUGAGAUGGUGGUUGGAGACGAAACGAGGACGGGGUUUGGGAUUAACAUUUGGCUUCCUCCGGAGCGGAGCGCAGUGGCUGCCGAGACCAAGCGGAUCGAUCGCCUUGGUCGAUCGCUGGCCAUGCUUCGACCUCAAGAUAUCAUCCUACUUCGGACAGUAGGGUUAAGUUCGUUCCAGAACCGGGUUCAUGGACAAACCUUACGGGGAGGAAUGACCCAAGUUGAUCUUUUACACCGGCGGCCGGUGGACAUGACGGAUGCGGGUGGCUUUCAUGACUUGCUUGUCGAUCAGCCGCUCUUGCUUCAUAAAGCUCGCCGGGUAAGUGAAUGGGUCCUACAAUUUGUGUGUGCAACGGAUGAAGCAGGCGGUCGCCAUUCAGGAAUGUCAACAACACAUGGUCAUCGGCUGCCUCCGGACACGCAGCAAUAA